AUGGUGGCCCAGAAUGUGACUUAUCAGAAAGGUCGCAUUCACACCAUGCUAGACGAGGCAACCGAUCCAUGGGGUGUCAAAGUGGAACGUGUUGAAGUUAAAGAUGUCCGACUGCCUGUGCAAUUACAACGUGCUAUGGCGGCCGAAGCUGAAGCUGCUCGGGAAGCUCGUGCCAAGGUCAUUGCUGCCGAAGGUGAAUGGAAAGCAUCACGCGCACUAAAAGAAGCUGCCGAUGUGAUUACGGAAUCUCCGUUUGCUGUUCAGCUUCGCUAUCUGCAAACAUUGGGCACAAUUUCGGCGGAGAAAAAUUCCACCAUAAUUUUCCCUCUUCCAGUGGAUUUGAUCACACAUUUCAUGCGGGAUGGGAACUCGGCCGGACACAAUAGUCGUGGUGGCACAACAGGCCACGGCGGACCGAGUCAUUCGCGUGCGGACAGAAGCCACGACGGGGCACAAACAGCAGCAGCAGCAGCAGCAGCAGCAGCAGCAGCAGCAGCAGCAGUGGAACAACAGUCCACCGGACCAGACAACAAUUCACAAUUUGCAGUUUGA